AAAAUAAUUGGAAAAGCGAAGCGGGAAAAGUAUUUUGGAUUUUGACAUGAUAAUUUAAAAUAUCGUUUAUAGUUGCUACAUACUUUACAGUUUAGAAAAAAUAUGUCGUAUAAUACAAAUAUAAGAUUAUGAAAGUUUUUCUGCUCUUAAGUUUUAAUUGCAAAAGUUUCUAGUAAGUGACAUAUUAAACAUACAUAAAAACUUUAAACCGUGUAAUAUUUUGGUGAGUUUUUAAAAUAUGGAAGAAGAGAGUGAUGGGCCUUUUAACGUUUGGCAAAUGUUUAAUGCUCCAAUAAACGUAUUGUUUCAAAACCUGGAGCAUGCAGAAGACGGAUUGGUUAAUUUGUUGACUUCCAUUUUAAAGUUAUCAGGAGACUUAUCUGAAGUGUUGGUUCCUAGACCAGGAGGUUUUAAUUGUCCAGAAUCAUACUAUUGUGCUUUUAACACAUGGCUUAUUGGAAGAUUAUUUUAUAUAAGCUCCGUUGAAGCACUCCACAGGAUACAUGAAACCAGCAAAGAUGCCCAACUAAAAAUUUUAAAUAUUUUAUGUAUUAAUGGAGCUUCAUUUUACAAGAAAAUCCACUCAGAAUAUUAUACAAUUAUAACUAAUCUUUUACAAUUUUACUGUGAUUUUGCAAGAAGUAAUGAAACAGAGUUAUUAAUACAGAAUUUUACUCCAGAACAAGUGCAAAUACCAAAUGUAAACAUUAAAUUGGAACCAAUUUAUGUAAAAGUUAAUGAUCUUGCUACAUGCAAAACAUUGAUAAGCAUAAAUUUAAGAUUAUUGGCAGAAAGUAUCCCACCCAGUCUUCUUUGUAAUAUGACGGGUCAUGAAAAUGGUAUUUUUGAUAAAAUAUUAAAUGCAAUAGAAAAUUUUAGUAUAGAUAUGAAAUUAGCGGGAUUAAAAUUCUUCAAUAAUUUAAUAAUGAAUAUCAGUAAAGUACCCGUGAGUGAGUUCCAAGAGAUGUUUCCAAAUAUUUAUAAUAAUCUACUCCUUAUCAUGAAAGCUUUGAUACAAACAUUGAAUGUAUUGCAUGAUAAAGGUGAAAUUGAUAAUAUGAUGCUGAUUGAUUUUAAUUUAUUGUAUAUGGAACUCAUUAAAAUUGUAGGAGACAGUUUGAAAAUUGAACACAGAGAUGAUUACACAGAUAUAUGCAAUGUUGUUCUUAGCAAUACAUCAAACAGAAUAUUCAAUAAAGAUCUCAAACUGCUUUGUUUAUCGAUGAGCGGAAAAAUAAAUUUAAAUGAUGAUUUUACAAAUAUUGUUGACAUGGAUUGUGAUGAAAUAAAGUGUUUGGCAGAUUUCUAUUGUUCUCAUAUAGUUGAACAUAUUAAUACAGAAAGAAUAAAAGAUAAAGCAACUGAUUUUAAUGAAAAUAUUUAUCUAAAUAGAAUUAUAUCUGUGAUAACAUCUGUAAAAGCUUGUGACCAACCGAAUAUUGAUAUAUUUCUUAUAAAUCAUCACUUGUCAAGAUGUCUAAGCGCUUUGUCCGUUUUAGAGAAAGUUAUUAUAGGAAAAGUUUAUAAGUUAGAAACUAAUAUGAUAAGUAAACAAGAGAUUAAAUUGGUCUGGUUAACUCUAGUAAGGUUGGUAAAAGAGAAGAAAAGUGUUAUAAUAAGUAACGAAACAAGUACUAAAUUGAUAAUGAACAUAAUUGUGAGCACAGCAAGCUUGCAAACAAAUCUGAUAGCAGAUGAUGUGAACAUUGUACUUCAACUCAUAUGCUUCCAGGACUCUCAUAUGUUCACAGAGCAGAACUUUCUAUUCACUAAUAAUAUUAAGUUGAAUAUCUUAAAGUAUCUGUUAGUGAAUAAACUGAUUAUUUCGAAGAACCCUGCACAUGAGAAAUGGAAUAAGAUUAUAACAUUCCUGUACAGUUCCCUGAUGAGAAACAAAGAUUCAUUACAAUCAAAACAGAUUAUCGAAAUAUGUCCACUGUUUUUGGUAAACAAAAUUUUAUCUGCAAGCAAAAUUAUCGGAGAGAUUUUAAUUCCCGCCUUCAUGUCCAAAGAAACCAGAUGUCAGAUUGAAGUGUUGAGAAUAUUACCAGCUAUUGUGUGUAUUUCAUUAGGACAUUAUGACAUUGUUAAAACCGUAUCAAGCGGUAACAGUCAAGAAAUAUUCAGUAACGAAAAUUUCUCUUUAAAUGUUAUUUGCAAAAAAUGCCAUGAUACGACUAUAAAAAAUAGCAAAAUAGUCCACAAAGAGACUGAGAUGUUGACUUUCAGUAAUACUUCAUAUUUGAGCGGUUUACAAAGUUUAUUCGUAAAAUUUAUUAAUACAAAAGAUACUGAAUUUGGUACAGACUAUUGGAAUUUAGUUGAGAGGCUUUGCAAUCAUUACUAUAUAUUUGAUCACGGAGUAUCAACAGAUAUAAUGCAAGAAAAAUAUUUAGAUGACGUCUUAACAACUUUUAAACCAUUCAUUAACGUUCAGAAUAACAAAGGCCAGGAUUGGAUAUCAAAUCGUGACAUGAUAAUGAAUUUAUGUGUGAAUCUUCUUGUUAAAUCAACAAUAACAAGUCUAGAAAAUAAUGAUUACAAUCACCAAACUCAGACUUUAGACCGGAUUAAGAGUCUAGGACUGUGUAAUAAUGAAAAAUUAAUUCUGCCAAUAACAAAAUUAUUAGUCUACUUCAUUACGCAUCCACAGUGUUCUUUAGCACCGAAGGCUAUCGUUUAUUUGAGAGAUGUUUGCGAAUAUCAAGAUCUGACCCCAAAUCAAGUGUAUCAUAGAUAUAAGAAGGACUUUUGCAAGUUGUUUGUGGAGUGCAGCCUUUAUAAUGGAAAAGAUUUUGCUAUUUUUCUUCUAAAAGUCGUUAGAGCAUUCGGAUUUGUUGGAUACAGAGAUUUUAUAUCCAAAGAUAUCCAUCACUUUUUACCUUAUCUCAUACCAUACUCGGUGACUGUAAAGGAAGUUCCAUCCAUGAUAGAAGAGAUAGCGGUUCUGGUGCAAUGCUCGGUCUCAGAUUUCCUUAUUGAGAGAUUUCCGCACAUAUAUGUCCAUGUUUAUUUAACGGAAUCAAAGGAAACAGCAAAAAAAUGCUUUGAUAUCAUUGAGAGAUUGACUAAAACGUCCACUCUGAAUCUAAUAAAGAAACAUUUAAGGGUUAUUUUGACGGAGUUUCUUUUGCAGUACUGCUGUAAUCCACAAAAAGUUUUGGAAGCUUGUAAAUACUUAGCUUAUCACGACCUAGACGCUUCUUCACCCCAAGGCAACAUUCUCAAGAGUUCAGCGCAAGUUGCAGACUUUCUUAAUCCGAAAUUUUUAGGAGUGUUAGCUUACUUCGAUCACAAGCUCGUCAAUGCCAAAGUGGCUUUGUCAGUUAAACGUAAAGCGUUAAAAAGUUUUUCUGCCAUAAUGCAAUUAAUGGGUACUAGAUAUUUAACGCCAUUAAGGUUUAAAAUUUUGGCCACCUUAAGAUCGGCUUUGCCUCUAGCAAAGGAAUUUCCUAUUAUUCUCGCAGAGGCAUGGUCUGCCUUCAUCCACAACAUUGACAGCAGUUCUUUGGGACCCCUAUUAUCCAAUCUUGCGGCGCCACUAUUGCAUCAGAUGGAUUACGCACCAAAUGAAAUUAAUAGCAUAUUCCAAUACAUGAUUCUGAAAAACGAAAACCUCCUUAGUUCUCAUAUAUCAAAUUUGUUCUUCUUGGAAGACUCGAAUGUAUCAGACAACGUAAGAGCAGUGAUUAAGAGACACGUUAAGCGAUCACAGCCGGAGAGUUUUCAGGAUCAAAUAAAAUGGUACUUGCAGCAUUUGAAUCACGACAUACCCAUCAUUAAGGCCAACGUCUUCUGUCACAUGGAGAAACUAUUGAAGAAUAAUAGGAGUGAAAUACAUAGAUCUAUAUUCGGCGGCCGAGCGAUUGAGGCGGUCAUUGUUGAACUCAUUGAUUCUCUAUUGAUUGGUUGCAAGGACAUUAACCCUCAAGUGUCCCUGGCGAGUGGUUCCUGCUUAGGUCAACUGGGUGCCAUAGAAGCUGGUCAUCUCCCGCGCCAGUACGUCCAACCUGAUAGAUCUCCAUUCGCCUUCUCCAUUAACGACGAUUGCUUUGCCGCUACGGCUCUCACUGAACUGGCUAGAGCUUUUCAAUACGAGAAGGAUACUAUGAAUAUGGACUGCUACGCUCUAAGUAUACAGGAGAUAUUGAAAACUUAUGGUAUAUCCCCGAACGGCUCUAAGAAGGAAGUGUGGGAUAGCUUCUCAGAAAACAUGCAUCAGUUAAUGUCCCCACUGCUGAGCUCUAGGUACACACUGGCCUAUCCAUCACAGCCAAAGAAAGUUCAUCCUUUAUUCGGAUCGAUGUACGCCACUACGUUUUUGGAAUGGGCACACAAUUGGUCGGGACAGCUCAUUGAUGUAGUAGAAUCCGACAGUAUAAAGGAUCUUCUUCGUACAGUUCACCCCAGUAUGCGGCGUGACGUUCGAACGCUGUUCCUCUUCCUUCCAUAUGUUUUGUUACACGCUAUAAUGUCCAAAAAUAACAUACGGUACAUACAAGAGGAGAUAUUGGCUGUUAUAGGAGGUCAACAUUCUAACAAUGACCGCAGUGUCUCUACUGAGAGAUCAAAGUAUAAAAUAUUAAAACAUAUAAAAAUGACGCCAAACAUAAAUCCGGUUCAUACAGAAGAAGGGAAUCAAACCAAAUGCAGCAAAACUAUAUACACUUUAUUCGACUUCUUGAAUCGCUGGCUCCUUGAAUGGACUAAUGUCAAACAGAAACCGUUAGAAAAUGAUAACUACAAAGCAAUAAAGAAAUUUAUGGAUUCGUUUGACAAAUUGGCUAUAGCAAGAGGGAAUUACGCAUGUGGAGAGUUGGAACGCGCAUUGCAAUAUCUAGAAAUGUAUAUGGACGAAGAUAAGGACAGAAUACAGGAACAGCUGCCUUUCCUUGCUGAAAUAUACGCGCUGCUGGACGAACCGGAUUCCGUCUCUGGAAUUCUAUCGAUCCAGCGCGCUGAGCCGUCUUUGCAGGAGUUGAUUCUAGUGCAGGUGGUGACCGGCCGCUUGCAGGACGCUGCACUCUGUUACGAACGACUCGCUCAUAGACACCUGGACGAGCACAGUCUGCAGGGCAUGACGGAUUGUUACCUAGCCCUGGACCAGCCCUUCACUGCCCUCCGUCUUCUGAGCGAGCGUCAGGACGAGCCGCCCGUCGAGCUGUCCGCCGAGCCGCUCUGGAGGUUGGGACGGUUUGAGCAGCUGGAACACCUCACUAAUACACCUGUACCUCCGUCCCGCGAAAACUGGGGUCUGCUUAUGGGUAGAAUUCUUCUAGCGUAUCGCAAACAAGAUGAAGAUUUGUUCAAAGUAACCUGCGAUAACGCAAUAAAUAGAUUACUCCUGCAGAUGGAUGGCGAGAGUCAGGGUGAAAACGCCCUUAGAGGUGGAUAUCAAAGCGUUCUAGGUUUGCAUAUCGUGAAAGAAGUGCAACAUGCGCAGGAGUUGUUACAUAGUUUGAAGAACUUACAAGACGGAAAUGAACAGAGCACUGAAAUGAUAAACACACUUCUUAGUGAAUGGCGUCUGAGGCUAGCCGUAGUACAGUCCGACGUACGAACUAUUGAACCGUUGUUAAGACUUAGAAGGAUAUUGCUGCAGCAAACACAGGAGCUGUUAGAACCGACACACGCCGCAACGGCGAACAAGUUAAAGGCGUGCAUCGGAAAUUUCUGGCUACAGAGCGCGAAACAUGCGAGAAAGGCUGGUAUUUUUCAACAGUCCUACAUGUACAUCCUCAACGCUGAAGAGUAUAAACCGCCGGAGUUGUUCAUAGAAAAGGCCAAGAUGUACUGGUCACGUGGACAACAUGAGUCCGCCUUCACCACACUGAAGCGGGGACUGGAGGAGGCUUUCCCCUCAACUGAUACGCUCACACCGGAACAGAGGAAAACAUGCGCUAAAGCGAAACUGUUGAUAGCCAAGUACAACGACGAGACAAGCAGCGUGGACGUUAACGUUAACAUCAAUUAUUACAAGGAAUCAGUUGACGCUUUUGAACAUUGGGAGAAGAGUCUGGUGUGUUUGGGCGCGUAUUACGAGAAAGUGAGCUCUAUCGACACGAACACUAAAAUGAUGUGGUCGCGCCGGCUUUACGCUCUCAAUAGCUAUGGAAAGUCAUUGCAAUAUGGACAUAAGUACUUGUAUCAGAGUAUGCCGAGGAUGCUGUCAAUAUGGCUGGAUGUGGAAGUGUCGUCAGCAGAUCCAAAUUCUCACGCAAUAGUGACCCAGAUGACGGAAGUUAUAAAAACUUAUUCUGAAAAGUUGCCUAUUUAUUUAUAUUUUACGGCCUUCUCACAAAUAAUAUCGAGGAUAUGUCACCCAAAAAUAGAGGUGUAUAACCAGCUGAAGGCGAUUAUAGUGAAACUGUUGGCGGCUUACCCGCAACAGUCUCUAUGGAUGAUGCUGUGCGUGCUCAAAUCUAGUUACCCUGCUCGCGUGGCUCGAUGCGAACAGGUUUUAGCCGAUGCACGACUCAAGCCAUUGGGCAAGCUAGUGCGUGACUUCAAACAGCUUGCUGAAAAGCUAAUCGAGCUGUGUAACAAGCCGAUAGCCGGGAAAGUUAUGACUGCAACAGUCUCGAGUCUGGUGCCAACUUUGCCGCGUCUUCUCGAAUCGGAGAGCUUCAGCCACAUAAUGAUGCCGUUCCAAGAGUUCUGCAAGAUCGUUCUUCCGUCUAAAGCAGCGAGCGACAUGCCCUUCAGUAUACCAACCGAGCCGAAGGUUCAUAUAGCGGGGAUUCAGGAACAACUUACCAGGUUGCCAUCUCUGCAGCAACCCAGAAAGGUUACCUUGAUAGGUUCAGACGGAAAGAAAUACAUCAUCAUGUUGAAACCUAAAGACGACCUGCGAAAAGAUUUCCGUUUGAUGGAAUUCAAUGGCGUCGUUAAUAAAUUCCUUCAAGACGCGCCUGAAACUAGGAAGAGACGGCUUUAUAUAAGGACGUACAGCGUCCUGCCUCUCAACGAGGAAUGUGGUCUGAUAGAAUGGGUUCCCAAUCUCGUUGGAUUACGACCGAUCCUGAUACAUAUAUAUAAACAGAAAGGCAUUCAAACCAGCAACAGUGAGCUUCGGAAAAUGAUGUGUUCAAGUAACGACAGCGUGGAGAAGAAGCGUGAUAUAUACGAGAGGUUGUUACUACCGCGACAUCCGCCCGUCUUCCAGGAGUGGUUCAGGAAGACCUUCUCGGACCCAUACGGAUGGUAUCAGGCGAGGUCAGCGUAUAUUAGAACCACUGCUGUUAUGUCCAUAGUCGGUUAUAUUUUAGGUCUAGGCGAUAGACACGGUGAGAACAUAUCGUUCGACUCCACUAACGGUGACACGGUGCACGUGGACUUCAACUGCCUGUUCAAUAGGGGUGAGAGCUUCGAAUGGCCCGAGCGGGUGCCCUUCAGACUCACACACAACAUGCAGGCAGCCAUGGGGCCUCUCAAACACGACGGCAUGUACAGGAAAUGCUGUGAGGCUGUAACGCGAGUGCUGCGGUCUCAGACGGAGGCUCUCAUGUCUGUGGUUGGUCCUUUCGUGUAUGACCCUCUGGUCGCCUGGAACAAGAGACACGACACGGGAGAGAGGACCAACGACCAGGCGAAGUUACAUCUAAAACAUAUACUGCAGCGUCUUAGAGGGAUGGUAAAAACUAAAAAUACGGAGUUUUCAUUGUCCCUGUCACCAGAAGGUCUUGUGGAGCAUCUGAUAGCUGAAGCCACGAGUGUGCAUAAUCUGUGUCAGAUGUAUAUCGGCUGGGGAUCGUUUUUGUGAUUAUAUUUAAGAACUAUGGAAUCAUUGUAAUAUUCUAUUAAAUUUAUUUGAAACAGUUAAAGCGAAUGUUAUGAAUUUGUUAAUUGUUUUUUA